AUGCACCUGUGCAGUGCAUCGGCCACUUUUGCUUUUGCUCGUCUACUACUACUACUGCCUAUAUCUAUAUACUAUAUAUAAGUGUAAUAUAUACGAGCGCGAAUGGAUGAACUACAGUGUGUCAGUCAGUCGUUGCGCUGACGCGCGUAAGUGCACACACACAUACACAGUCUCACACGUAAUAAUAUCCAAGCGGGUCAUUACCUGAACCGCACUUUUAGUUUCGCGGCGAAUCAACUAGUGUCUCGUUGUUUUUUCCGCGUUCGAGUAUUAAUAAAUCUCGUUGGUAUGCCAUAAUUCACAAGUGAUAUCUUCGUAAUCGUCGUAUUAUCCAACGUGGUGAAGAUUAUCUCACUAAAUUCAGUGUGCUCUAUCGUAGUGUCAACUCAACUGGCUCACAUUCGUAAACGCGUGUGAUGCAGCAAUAGCCUGCCAAGAAGCUGAGUUCAUUACGUAACUGAUUACACGCCGCAAUCGAGUCGGAAAAAGAAGUCGAGGAAUGACACGCCAAGUGGAAUUCGUCGAUUUAUCAGCCGAGGGUCGUUAAGGAGAGAUCGCCCGAUGAGACAGGAAAAUUGAGCGCCCCCGCGCCGCAGAGGAUGAGUUGCCGAGCGAUUUUCGCGCUAACCGCGGCAAUUUUGUUCGCUUGCAUCGCAGGACAAACGCCGAGAUGCAAGAGCACCGCCUGGGAAAAGAUACGAGGCAUGAGGCCGGACUUUUUCAGGUCCUUGAAGCUCCUUCAUACCGGCGUCGAUUCGCAUGGCCUGACGAGCACGUGCUUCGAAAAAUGUAAAAAUAUUAGCUGCGAGGCUUUUAUAAUCGAUCUCGAAGGUAGCUCCUGCAUGGCCCUCUUACCCGACGGAGACGAGCUAGUUAACGAACCGAACGUCACAUUUUUCCAUGAAAUAUGCCUCGAAGUUCCUCCGAAUUGUUUAAAAACGCGAUUAUGGCACGUGGAGAGAUAUCUAGGAUCCGAAUUAUUGGAUUCAUCGGCUCAGCUGCAAUCCGACGUUAUCAGUAGAACCGAAUGUUACGAGAGAUGCUUUGAAAAAGGUAAGAAAUGCAAGUCAGCUCAGUUUCGCGCCAGCGAGCCCGUGAAAAUCGAAGACAGUUACGGAAGCUGUACGUUGUUGACGAUCGAUCGAGGAACAAAGCCCCAAGCCUACAGAACUUCCAUGUACAGGGAUGAAUAUUUGGAAAACCAGUGCCAUGAUUUAGCGAGAACAGACUACUGUUCGUAUGCGGAGUAUCGCAAUGUCUCGAUGCCUUACUCAGAUUUUGCUGUGACAGGCUUGAGCCCCAAGCAGUGCGAAAAAAGAUGCGACGCCAGCAGCGACGGUUUCAUCUGCCGAGCUUAUACCAUCGAGUUCGCAGCCGAGAGUACAAAUUUACCGACCUGCUACCUGCACUCGGAGGAUACCAUUGGUGCCGGGGUCAGCGUGCUCACCCACACAGCUCGCGCUUUUUAUAAAGAACGCGAGCCCUGCAUCGAUGUUACCGUUGAAUGCACCAACUCGUCGCUGACGGUCGAAUUGAAAACGGCCGAACCCUUCGCAGGCCGAAUGUACGCGAGCGGCUACAGCGACACGUGCGGGGUCACGGGCCAGAGCGAAAAAUUGACGCGGUUGGUUUUACCGAUGCCCGAUACGAGGGACACGGAAAAGAAGGAGGCCAGCUGCGGUCUCUUGCCGGUCAUGUCGAUGAAUCAAGAAAAUCGCACCUCGUCCGUCAUCUGGUCAACGGUAAUCAUUCAGUUUAAUCCAAUAAUUCAACGAUUGGGAGAUCAAGCCAUCAGAGUUGGAUGCUCUUUGGACAAGGCUGCGUUACCCACGCCACGCAAUAUCACCGUUAAUUCUGGCUUCACUUUUGUUAAUUCCAAUGCAGGAUUGCCAUCAAUCGUUUCUACUAUCAGAAACAAAUCGUCGGAUGCUCCACUGGUUACUAUGAGCAUCCUGGAUCUAUCGCACAACCGAGCCAAUGUUACUCACCUCGGCCAGAAAUUACUUCUCAAAAUUCAGAUAAAACCUAACGACGGACCCUUCGACAUAAUGGCAGGUCAUCUGAUAGCGAGCACCAAUACCGGUGACUCUUCGCUUCUGCUGUUGGACGAGCUCGGAUGUCCAGUGACGAACGUAUUUCCAGCACUGACCAGAGACCCGUCCAACAAUCGAACGCUCCUGGCCGAAUUUAGCGCUUUCAAGUUCCCUAACAGCCAACACGUUAAAUUUAACGGCGUUGUAACGUUUUGCAUCGACACUUGCGAGCCGGCACUGUGCAAAGGUAACGUGAGCUCUUUUGGUCGCAAAAAGCGUUCGAUCGAAGAGCAGUCAGCCAACGUCACCCAAAUAGCAAAAGAAAAAUCUACGUCAGUCGAUAAGCUUGCGCUCGAAGCCUCCGUGAUAGUUAAGGGAUCGGAAAACGAAGAAGUGUACCCGAAUCCACUGCGCUCCAAGGACGACACCAUCCUUUUACACGACAAAUUUUGCAUGGACCCGAGCUUGGCGCUCUUUUUGCUGAUAUUCCUCUUGAUCAUUCAGAUAAUACUUCUUGCCGCUUGUUUACUAUCGGUCAGAGCCUACCGAUCUAUGGCCAUCAGGGCCGAGGAGGACCGAGCCGAUAUUCUAGCCCGUCAUUUGUACGGGGUGCACGGCGGAAAUUUCGAGAUUGGAAGAAGAGUGCGCUGGGCUGAUAAUCCAAGUUCGACACUCAGUUGAAUUGGGAUAAUUUUUAAUUAAUAACUGUGAAUAGAAAAUAAAUGUAUACAUUUUGACUCCUCGAACCAACUUAAAAACGCUCGGUUUUGAUGUAAUUUAAAUUGGGGCGUUAGUGCUUUAAGCUCCUUCGAUCGAACCGAGUUACUGUUUGUUUAUAAUAUAUCAGUCCUAGUUUACAGACUGACCUAACAUUACAAAAGCGUUCAUUCGGUCUGAUUUAAUUAAGAUAUUUUUUAUUUACAAUUGACCAGACAUAUUUUAAGAUGUCGUCAAACUGCCAUUCAUUGUGAAUGUAAAAUUGUAUAAAUAAACUUAAACUGAAAUUACCAGUUAUUACACGUGUUUGUUGAUCAAACUGGGCUUCUUAAGAUUAAGAUAUCACUCCGCAACAUUGAAAAUAUUAUUUUUUAUACUUGUAUACUACAGCUAGUCAUCAGGCUCACCCGAUGACUCUUAUGAACUCAACUAUCCAAUCCACUGUAUUAUUUGAUAAUUUAAAAAUAAGUCAUCGUGUUUAGAUUUCAAAAGUGGAUAGACCAAUUAUAAAAUUGAUAAAUGAUCAGAUUGACCUAUGGUCACGGGGGAAUUAUAUUCUAAAUCAUGAAACUAAUUCUACUUUUGCCUUGAAUUGUAAAAAUUAAUUAUUAAGUCAUUUGCUAACUGAGUAAGCAAAAAAAUUCGAUUUUUUGAUCGAGUCUCA